AUCUACAACCACCUAAGGCAAUAAGUCAGAGUCGGCCCUUUGAUAAAAAAAACUCCAUAAUCUUCUAUGUAGAAGAUGACAUUCUUCCACCAAUGGCAGGUCCAAGUAAUCUCAUUGACCCAGUUCAUGAGUACUGCCUCCUGCCAAAUGUGAAUGAAACAAGUGAAAGAGAGAUCCUGUAUGAAUUUACAAGGGAAGUGUUUAGUUUUGCUGCCAGCUGUAUGAAUUCACGAACCAACGGAACAAUACAUUUUGGGGUCAAAAGACAACCAGAGAUAGAACAUGGGCAAGUAGUUGGCCAUAGGAUAACCUCUGUCAAUAAGUUCAAUGAGGCAUUUGAAUUAUCUCUGAAGGCUUUUUUUGAAGAACAGCAUGUGAAUGUUGCUCGAUUGUGUAUCAGACCACCAAACUUUAUACCAGUUCACCAUCAAAAUGGGACAGCUUCAGACAGAUUUGUGAUAGAGGUUGAUGUAGUCCCAGAAUCUUCACAGACACAAGAUUUUAUUUUCUACACUUCUCUGGGUAUUACAUCAACAAAGGAUAGACAUCAGUGCAAAACUCAAUGUCUGUUUAUUAGACAGGGCCCCCAGUCAGUCAACAUAUUAGCAGAUACUAAUCCAAGAAUUGGUCAAGAAAAACUGAAAAAGUUUGCUGAAAAUGUCAACAACUUGGUGUCAGCCCGCAAGAUGGCAGAGGAAAACAGAGCAAAACAUUCCCCCCAAAGCCACCAGGGACAGAGGCUGAAGCAGCUAGUAACACGUGGAAGAGAUUUUCUUGAGAGUUCCCUUCAGGUUAUUGUAGUUACUGACAAAUGUCAUUCAGCCCAGCUGGAGCACAUGGAUUUUCUGAAGGAAAUAUCUCUGUUUGCUGUGCUGGAGUUUGACCCAGAGUCAGAUUUAAGAGGAACAUGCCUUUCCUACAGAAGAGACCGUAUUGCCAAUCUUCACUACCCACAUUUGUACACCAGUCAGGAUAGCUUACCUACACUUAUUGGAAAGCUUAACCUGUUUAAGCAAACAAGUUGGAUUUUCUGCAAUGGACGACUGAAUGAGGAGAGCGAAAAAGAUAAGCCACUAACACCCAGUGAAUGGUUAAGGAGGCGUUUAGGGGAGAUCAGCAACAUGAUUGGUUUGCUCUGCAGCCCAGAUGUAAUUUCUAGAGACAAACUGCUGGUCAUUUUUGUUCUUCAUUCAGCUGUAACUGAAAUAUCAAGUCCUAUUUUGGAGACGUUCUGUGCAAUCUAUCAUACACUGGAGGGAACUGACAACAUGCUGUGCAUUUGUAGAGACUCAGAGGUAUUCGGUCAGUGGAAGCGUCUGAUAGACGUACGCUGUAAGGAAGAUGUCUCCAAUAAAUGUGUCUAUGAACUGAGCCUGAAUGAAAUAUCCAGUACAAUAAAAAAACUAAAAGAGCCCAAAACACAGCCUUCCCAGAGAUACCUCCCAUCCACGGGCUCAAGCUCAGUGCUGCUGACAAUAAAAGAUGAGGAACUGUUCACAGUGUUGGACAUUUUGAGUGAAAAUGAAUGUGAAAACACAGAUAUUGAAAAUACAGCUUCCUUUGAUGAGUUUUAUAAGAAAACAGAAGAGGAUUUUUAUAGAGGAGGACAAGUAAGAUGGUGGAACUUUUACUUCUCUGAACAGAGAGGCAGUCUGCCAUUCAUCAAGCGAGACAAAUAUGAUGAGUUGUAUAACCUGAUCACACCUGUCGACAGCUACACAUCUCCAUGUGUCAUGAUCAACCUCUUCCACGCCCCAGGAUGUGGAGGAACAACUCUCGCAAUGCAUGUUCUUUGGAGCUUAAGGAGAAAAUUCAGAUGUGCUGUUGUAAAAAACAACAGAGCAAGAAAUAAUGACAUUGCUACUCAAGUCAUUAAUCUGCUCAUAUAUGGAAAGCAGGAUCAGCCAGGCUACACACCAGUCCUCCUCUUGGUGGACAACUGGGAGGAUGUUGAGGACCUUAAGCAAUGUAUCCUCAGUUGUGCUGGUGAGAGAAUGCAGCAGAACACUCUCAUGGUCAUUAUACUGAACUGUGAGAGAACUCAGUUUCCUGCUGACAGCUCAAGAAGUAGUAAUUUUCCUAAUAUAUUCUUAACCAACAAGUUGUCCUCCAAAGAGCAGAAGCUAUUUUCUGCUAAACUUCAGCAGUUGAAAACUGACCAUGAGAAGCCGGAAACCUUUUACUCUUUCAUGAUCAUGACAAAUAAUUUCAGUGAGGAUUACAUUGCAAAGAUUGUGAGCAAUGUUGUUAAAGAUCUUGAUGCCACCACCCAGCAGGGCAGGCUCCUCUCCUUUCUGGCUUUGUUCAACACCUUUGUGAAUGGAUCCUAUAUGUCACUCUCUUUGUGUGAAGAGUUAGUUGGUCUAAGGAAUGUCAUCUGGAAACGUGAGACUCUUGAGGACAAAAUGAAUCCAUAUUCCACACUGCUGAUAACAUUCACUGUUGAAGAGCAUGGCUUCUACCAAGCAGUUAGAUUCCUACACCCAAUGAUUGCCAGUAACUGCCUUCAGCUCCUUGAACAAAAACACAAUAUUUCCAUGGCUGAAAUAACUAUCGACAUUUUACACUGUGACAAACUCUUUAUGUCCUGCAUGGGAAAGGAUUUUUUACUUCUGCACAUUCAAAGCAUGCUUGUUUCACGGCACAGAAAAGAACAAGGGGAUGACAAAGAUACACUGUUUUCUCCUUUAAUUGAAAAAAUAGAUGAAGAUGAAGGAUCAGAAAAAGUCAAAGAAAUUUUAGAGAAAGCUAUAGAGAGGUUUGACAGAAGUGCAACACUCCCACAGGCACUAGCAAGAUAUUACUAUCUCAAAGAAAGAGACUUCUCUGGUGCCUUACAUUGGGCUUUAGAUGCACGAAGUAAAAACUCUAAUUCUUACAUUGCAGACACAGUAGGACAGGUUUACAAGAGCCAAUUAAAGAAGGCGAUUGAAGAAGCCAAGCCUCUCACUGCUGAGGUUCUUGAUGAAUGCUUGAAGCUGGGCUCUAAAGCUGUAAAAGCUUUCCAAGAUUCGCAGGAGCUUGCCAAGAAGGAUGAACUAGUGGACCCAUUUGAUCCUUACAGCAGAAAGAAGCCAAAAUCCUACAACACAGCAGGUUAUGUUGGAGAGACAGAGGUUAUGAUGAUCCUUCUGGACCUCAUCAGAGAACUUCCUCUUUCACAGAGUAGAGACAAACAUCAAAGAGACCAACUGCUACAGAUUCUCAAAGGCCACCAUUCCAUGAAAAGCUUACAUUUUGACCCCGGGGACACUGCCACUGCCCAGUUUGUGGAAGUCCUGGUCCACCAUGAGAGAUUUUUGGUCUCUUUGAAGCCAAGGCUGAAGGAGAUUUUCAGCUUUUUCGAGAAUUACUUCACUUACCUGAGACCUAAAUCACAGGAAAGGCUUAUCUGGGAGACAUCCGCAGUGGGUGCAGCCGGGAAGAAAUAUCCUUCUAUCUUGGAUUCACUAUGGAAGGUCCUGUAG